AUGUCGAUUGCGAAACCGAUGUCAUGUGGAGAGAAAGAGCAGAUGCGACCGAGAGGUAUAACGCAAAAAUGGGGUGGGAGCGAGACAGAGCCUGGGUCGAAGACGGCUUGGUUUAUGAUCGCCGUGAUCCAAACCGUCCUUGCUGCAGUGACGACGAUGACGAAAUGUGUGCCUGAUGCAGGUGAUGGCUUUGAUGGUAGCAAAAGCCUAGGCAACUGCAGGUUGGAUGCACGUGAAACGGCAAAAUGCGACCUGGACUUCGGACUUGGCGAGCCUCAAGCCUUGGACCGCGGCCCUCAAAGCCAGUAG